AAUAAGUAUUAAGUGCCGUCGAUGUAUGAGAAAUUGUGAAUCGCAAUCAUUCGAUAAUUCAAGGAAGAAAUAAAAAUGUUUGAGCGAUAUGUCUAUACAGUGUAUGUGUAUUUGCAGUAUAUUCUAGAUCAAUGUGUAUGCUUUGUCGUGCCAUAUUUACUUAGUAGCACGAUUUAUGUACUUACAAGUGCGUUAUUUUUUACACACCACUUGAAAGUUUCCACGUGGAAGCAGGAUAGUUUUGAAGCGCACAUUCUUCAUUUUUUUUUUCUCUGUCGAAAUGUUACAAUGAUGUAUAUAGCAAAUACGUUGCAGCUGUCCCAGCUGCUAAUUUAUAGGCCGAUAUCCGACUCGUAUAAAAAGUCUAGCCGUCAUGCGCGAUCUUUAUCAGUGGCUUUUCUUAUUCCUGCUGCUACUAGAGUAAAAAAUUUUCAAGAUACAAAAAUGGGCGUUAAAUUGAAAGCUAACAACAGCGUCUUAUUGCUUUGUGUGAUUUCCGUUUUGUCGUUUCAGCUGGUAUUCGCACAAGCAGACGAAUCGCCCAAAAACUCGACUUCGAGAACUGGGCUCUGUUUAUCACCCUCCGGAUCGUUGGGCCUAUGCAUCAGACUCAACUACUGCAAACCUCUUCUGGACUUUUUCAACCAAAAUCCAGAAUACGCCGAGCAGGUCGUAUACAGUUAUCUCUGCCCAGGAGGUAACCGCGGGUUCGUCGUCUGCUGUCCCCUAAGCACCAAUCAGAUUCAGUCUCCUAAACCAACCGAUACGACAUCAGCAGCAUCGCCGGUGAACAAUAACGGCGAUUCGAAGGUUCAACCUCUGACACCACCUCGGUGCGGUCGUAGCUCUGCUAAUCACGAUAGGGUCGUUGGUGGCAAUCCAGCCGAAUUGGGUGCGUGGCCCUGGAUAGGUCUCCUGGGAUACGGAAGCAGAAACAGCAACCAGGUUGGCUUCAGAUGCGGUGGAACCUUGGUAUCCUCUCGGACUGUGGUCACCGCCGCCCAUUGCGUUCACGACCAAAACGAUCUUAAAGUCGUUCGUUUGGGAGAGCAAAAUCUUAGACAGACCGACGGGGCUGUCGUUGAUUAUCCCAUCCAGAAAAAGAUCGUACAUCCCAACUACGAGCCUGAUACAUCGGAAAAUGACAUUGCCUUGCUGAUACUCGACGAAGAUGUUCAGUUCACAGAUCGAAUUCGCCCCAUCUGCUUGCCGGUAUCGGACGAUCUAAGGAAACGCGACUUUGUCCGGAACUUCCCGUUCGUCGCUGGAUGGGGUAGGACGCAGUUUGGGGGAUCUGGUAGUUCUGUUCUCCUCGAAGCUCAGGUUCCAGUAGUCGACGCUGCAACGUGCAAAGCUCAAUACAGAUCAGUUAUGAAUACUGUGAUCGACAAUCGCGUUAUAUGCGCUGGUUAUCCCCAGGGUGGCAAGGAUGCUUGCCAGGGUGAUAGCGGUGGUCCAUUGAUGUUCCCAGUGAAGAAUAAUUACUACUUGAUCGGCGUCGUGUCAGGUGGUUACAAAUGCGCUGAACCUGGUUUCUCGGGAAUCUACACGCGCGUCACCUCUUUCCUCGAUUUUAUACUGAACAAUCUUCAGUAAUUCAGUAUUUUCUAUUACCAUGAAUGAUUAUUUUGUAGUCAGGAUACAAUAAAUGUGCUAAUAUACUCAUGAA